AGAGAUAGGUAAAAAUGUUGAUAUUAUCUUAAUUCUAAUUCGUUUUUAUUGAAAUUUACUCAUCCGUCAUAUUUAAAAACAUUUUUCUUUAGAAAACAUUUAAAUAUGGCGACAUUAAAGAUGUGUAGGUUUAUGAGUGUGUAUAUAUCUACUGUGUGACCGGAAUUAUAACUAAGUAAACACAUUAUCAAUAAAUUCAUUGAAAAAAUGGAAGAAGAUGAUCAUUACGGUGCCGAAAGAGUGAUAAAAACCAGAAAAUUCAAAGGAGGCAAGCGUAGGUUACAAACAUCCAAUAAAACGUUAGACUUCAAAUGGAGUACACAUUCUUAUACUUUGAAUCAUAUAACAAAUAACUUUAGACUUCCUUGUGCUGUCAGGUGUAGUGUUGAGUCCUGUAGUCUAGAUUGGAAUCUUUUACACUUUGACCUAUCUCAGCCUUUGCUGCUUCACAGCCACAGAUCAGCAAAGAAGGUGAAAGCUGCGGUCAUGAGACUAGACUCCGAGAAAGGAGAACUCCAGCAGACUGGCAGACAUGUUGUCAUACCACAGGACUAUAGUGGUUGGUUUACUUUAUUGAAUAAUCCUACAGAAAAGUACUUACCUGGUACCACACUAGAGUCAGUAGCAGAAAAGGAUACAGACCAAGUUUUGGUAGCAAACAGUAUCAGUUGUUUGUGUUUAACAGACAGCGAACAAGGAGAAAAACAGACAGAAAGAAAACAAAUCUCUUCUGGUGAAAUUCUGCAAAUAAAACGAACUGAUGUUGCUGGAUCUUUAACGAGAAGAUCCCCGCCUUCCAAAUAUUUGGUUUGCACAGACGAAAAAGACAAAGAAAUGUAUUUACCAAUUUCACAAAAUGGAAAAUUUUACAAAGUUAACAAAUCGGUAACGAAUGAUGGAUUAUUUCAAAUUAAAGACGUCUUAGACGAUCGAUCUCAUUUACCAGUGAACAUUCGGCAUGUGAUAGGAGAAGUCCCGCUCUUUUCCUCUGAAUAUUCCAGUUACCUACAAUGUUAUGACAUUAUUGAGGAGGAAACAGCACUUGCUUCUACAAUGGAUGACGAUUUAUUACUUCUUGAAUUGCAAAUCAAAACACCAAUGAAAUUUUACAUUGCUUUAAACGAAGCUGUUAUGAAGCAGAGUGAAUAUUAUUCAGAUGCAUUUCAAAACUGUGAAACGGAAGGUGAGGACUAUAUUCGGGGUAUCAAAUUUUCAUUCACACUCUCUCCGGAGUCGUACUCUGUGUGUAAUUCUCUCCUUUCACUACACGACGAUGAUUCUAUGACGGAAUCAUACUAUGGCACUGACAGUGACUUGGGAGAAGAAGAUGCACAAUCAGAAUUUACAAUAACGUGGGAUCCGACAAACACUGAAAACUCUGAAAAACCAGAAACAAAGCAUGUGCCUAAAAUUUUUAACAGCAGUAUUAACAGUCCAAAGACUGAAGACAAUGUACGGCAAUGGAACGAAGAACCUGAUACUGUGUAAACAUGGUUAAAUUAGAUUACUGUUACUUGUAUGAUUAAUAGAUGCCGUCGGCAUACUUUUGAUCUCGCGCGUUCUUUUAGAACACGUGUCGUUGGGUGUCAUACGCUUAUACAACAAAUAAAAACACAUAGGAAAUAUAAAUCAGAAUAAACUAUACUGAAUCAACCUUUACUUUUGAGAUGCUCUGCACUUAAAAAGAGCUGAACAUGUAUUUAAAAUGCUUUUCAAUUUCAUUUAACACCUCAUAGAUUUGUUCAAAAAGCCACGAGCUGCAGCAAUGUGAAAAUACCUUUAAAAAAAGUGCCACAUGUCCGUGAAAAAAAACCAACAAACAAAUACAUCCAAAAUUUGAAAGAGAUCUCAGGACUUUUCAGAGUCGUGUUUUGUAAAACAUAGUUGCAAUAUUGUUUCUUGCUGUAUUAGCUUCAAGCUGAUUAACAUCUCUCAAAUAAAGGUACUAGUUUAAAAUAAAACGCUCUGAAUA